AUGGUCGCGGCUAAUGAUGUAUUGCUUGAUUCUUCGGUUACGAAGUACAACCCUUCAGAUUGCCAAAGGCCAAAAGUUUUAAACAAAAAUUUGGUGAAGGGAAACAUUCUUCUUUAUGGCUAUCCCUUUAAUUUUGUUGUUGGUACUGCAUCAAUCAAGAAAGUGUUAGAAACAGCCAAGAGCCUUGGUGUAAUUGGUUUUGUUCUUGCAGUAGAAAAUGUUUCUCCAGGAACGAAAUUCGAUCCUGUUCCUGUUGGAAAUCCUGAGAUUCUAAUAACAAAUGUUAGCAAGUCACUGGAGCUUAUAGACUACUACAACAUCUCUACACCAAGAGAUUGGACUGGACGAGUAAGGAGCUUCAAGGCCACAGGCAACAUCGGGGAUGCAACACCUUUCGAUUAUGGUAGUGGCCAUGUCAAUUCCAGAGCUGCUCUAGAUCCUGGACUCGUCUUUGAUGCAGGGUUGUAUGAUUGUGUUGUGUUUGAUCCUUUUUCUUUCUGUUUUAGAAUCAUGCCUCCAAAGAGACGUAGAGAAGCAGAUGAUGGUGAGGAACAGGAUGAGCUUGUUGAUUGGGAUCUUUUGAUUAAGAAUUUGGUUGAGGCUAUGACAAACUUUGUGCGUGCAGUAGUUAUAGAAGCUCAGAGGUCGGUGACACAAUCAGGGAUGACAGGGAUUAGAGACGGAUCAGGAGAUGGAGACUUGUGGAAUCGGGUUAAAGAGGUGGAGAUGUUGUCCAAGAGUCAUGUACGAAAAAUGCUAAAGGGUGAUUCUCCUCAUUCUCCAGCUACUUUUGCUUCACCGCCGGAGACAUCCGGUAAGGUCAAAAAGGCUUGUUAUAAGUGUAAGCAGAUAAGUCAUUUGAGAGUAGAGUGCCCUUGGGAUCGGCCCAGUUCUGGAGUCUGUAUUGUGUGUGGCCAGUCUGAUCAUAGGAAGAAGGAUUGUCCCAAAAGAAGUGGAAUUCCAGUUGGCGGGGUAAAUUCAGGGCAAGAACUGAUUCAACCUUCAGUAUCACAGAUUGGUGUUCAGCUUGGAGAGUCACCAGAGGGACCUCCUGUGGACGAAGGAAGCAAAGAUAAAGCCUUAGAAAUGUUUAAACAUUACAAAAAUGAGGUUGAGAAUCAACUUGACAAGGUGUUAAGAAAUGAUAGAGUUCGUGAAUACGAAUCAUCAUUUGCUGAUAUUUAUUCAGAACAAGGAGUGAAUAAUAUUACUUGUAAAGUAAUAGUUUUUGAAGAAUAUUCUUCAAAACAAAUUACUUUACUACGAAGGUUGUUCUCUAGUUUUAAUCCCAAAUCAGUCAAACUUCUUUUUACUGGAUUCUAUUUUGUAGGUUAUGAGGAUUACUUGGGCUUCUUGUGCACAAUACCUGGAAUUGAUGCUCGUGAGAUCAAAAACCACACAUAUUCACCAUGCAACUACACUCUCGGCCACCCAUCAAAUCUUAACACCCCAUCAAUCGCAAUUUCCCAUCUUGUUGGUAGUCAAGUUGUUACACGCACUGUCACGAAUGUUGCGGAGGAAGAAACAUAUGUGAUAGCGGCAAGAAUGGCACCGGCGGUUGCCAUUGAAACCAACCCCCCAGCAAUGACUGUAAGACCUGGUGCUUCACGGAAGUUUACGGUGACUCUCACUGUCCGAUCACUCACAGGAAACUAUGCUUUUGGAGAGGUUUUGAUGAAAGGAAGCAGAAGGCACAAGGUCAGGAUCCCGGUGGUGGCUAUGGGUUACCAGCACUAGCUUGGAUUAAUAAUGGAAAUUAAGUCCUUAUGGGUUGUGAUAUUCUUUGUAAU